AUGAACCAGAAUGCAUUAUCAUACCAAGUUAAAUUUGUGGUUAAACAAUUAGAGCAAAUUCAAAAGUAUUAAAAAAUAAUUUUAACUUAGAAAUUAAACAUACAGGAGGCAUAUGAAAAUGUAGGAGCGAUGACGAUGAGUUCAUCAAAGAGAAUCCUUAAAUAAGAAUUUAGGGAUCAAAUCGUUAUGAUAAUUUGACUUUAUUGGGAGAAUUAAUAGGGAGAGGUUCAAAUAGCACAGAAAUGCCUAGUAUAACUUGUUAAUAAUUUAGAUUGUGCAUCAAAUGAAGAAAUUGAUAAAUAUACAGCAAAUUCAAACCUUUAUUACUCAUAUUCAUUCCAUCAACUUAAUAAGGAAUUAUAUGCUUCACUAUAUUAGAAAACUGAAAAUAUACAUCUAACCUCCCUUUAUUACAAAGCUGGCAAAUACAUUAAAUUUUAUUAUCAAUACUCUUAAAGUUUUCUUGAAUACAAUCCCUUUUAUUUUUCCCCUCGGUAUUCUAUUAAUUAAAUUGAUUUGUUAAGUUUCAGAUAAAUUAAAUUCAUAAGUAAACAGGAAGUUGAUGAAGUAGUGUAAAGAAAUAAUGAUGAAUAUUUAAAUAGUAAAUCUUUAAGCUUUGGGAUUGUAAAUUCAAAAAACAAGAUUCCCUAAAUGA